UGGGUUUCCGCAUAAUUUUUUUUUUGGUGAUGAAGUCAAAUUAAUUUUCUGUGCGAAGAUAAAAACUAACUGGUUGACAGGUUAAAUAAUUUUUGUAAAAACAAACAUAAACAUUUUUUUUUAUCGUUAUUUAACGAUGGAAGAGAAGUUGGAAAGUUCUCCUACACAGUCUAAGAGCUCCAUUGAUGCCUUGAGUAAGGAGGAAUUGAUUCAAAAGUAUAAGGGUCUGCUCGGAAUCGCCAAAAAGGCCAAACAAGCCAAAGAUGAAUUUGCUGAAGAUAAUCGGAAAUUAAAGGAAGCUCUUCAACUAUGUGAAACCCAAAAAGAAGCAGACAAAAAGGCCAUUAUUAUCAUGAAGGAGACACUGGAGCAGUUUACGGAACAAAAACUGAAGUUAACAAAUGAUGUCAGCGAACUUCAGAAGAAGAAUAAGGCUGAUGAAGAGUCUCUAGCUAAAUUGCGCAUUGAAAAUGAGUCUUUGCAACGCCAGUUAAAUAGGCUUAAUGAGGACAACGAGGCGCUACUAAAAGAUAUCGAUCGCAUGGAGGAUCAACUGAAACAGGUAAAUAUUUUAGGUAUAGAACAGAAAAAACAUUUGGGUUUGUUGGAACUUGAGGUAAAGAAAUUGAAAGAAGUGGAAAGUGCAAACUGUGCUCUUCAAAAUACGGUGUCUAUAACUCAAGGAGAGAAUAAGGCACUAAAGGAACAAGAUAAUAGAAUAAAGCAAACCUUAGAGGAACUUUCUUGCAAAUAUAGCCGAAUAAAAGAAAUAAACACAGAGCAACGACAUAAGUUCAAUGCUUUAAAAGACCGAUUUGUUGAAGUGCAUCGAAAACUUAAAAAUCUAAAAGAAUGUAAGCGUGUACUCUUAGAAACACAGAAUGAAUAUGCAGAUGCUGUAUCAAAGUGGCAGAUGGAAAUAAUAAAGGCUUCCCAAAUGCUAUUCACUCAAAUGAAUUCACUGCAAGAAGAAAAUGAACAGUUACGUCAAAAGUUAAAUUCUGUUGCAGAAAGGAAAAGUGAGUCUGAAACUACACAAUAUUUGGUGAAUAGUUUUAAUGUCGAAUCAUUUGAAACAAAGUUAUUAGAAUUAGAAAAACUUUGCGAUUAUGUGCGGAAUGAUAUGUUAGCAAAAGAUACACUUCUGUCCAAAACGCGAUGGAAAAAGAACAGUUUGCCAAAUCAAAUUGCUCCUAUGAGUAAUGAACCAGAAAGUGAAAAGAUGCUCGAGGUUUUAACAAGCCAUUCAUUGCGCAGUGAGCAACUUCAGUCACAGGUGGAUAGUUUAAUGCAGGAAUUAUCUCAUUUAAAAUCACAGUUAAAUGAUUGUGAGACAGAAAGAAAUUCCUUAAAACUAGAAUCAAACAUUCGUGAAAAUCUCCAAAUAGAAAAUAAAGAAUUAAAGAUAGCUGUGGAAAGUUUGAAUAAAAAACUAAACGAAACCCAACAAGUUCAUGAAGAUUUACAGCAAAUACGGAACACAUUGAAAGCUCUUGAACAGGACAAAAUCUCUUUAUUGGAACAAUUACAACAGAAAUCUGAAAAGCAAAAAAAUCUACAUUCAGAGGAAAAUAUUCAAUUUACAGAGAAAAGUUAUAUAGAUUUACAAUCGCGAUAUUCUCAUUUGGAGCGUGAGCACGCAGACUUACUUUGCGAAAUGCGUGAGCUAAAUGAAGCAUUAAAGGCACGAGGUGAUGUAAUUUCACGCCAACAAGAAAAGCAGCAAGAGCUUAUAAACGAGCUACGAAGAACUAAUACCAAGUUAAAACAAAUCGAUGAAAAACUGUUACAAAAGGAUGCAGCAAUAGCCGAAAAAGAAGCACAAGUACAUGAGGUAAAACGAGAAAUUGAUUUAACACGACAACAGACUCGCGACCUCGAAAUUGCUAGUGUACGAAGUGAGGAGCAGCUGCGAGUCCUCAACGAGGAACUACAUUCUUUUCGCAAUAACGCCGACACGCAAAGCGAAAUAUUAUCAACAUCAACAAUGUCACGAAAUGAAGAGUUGUCACGCUUACGUGAAGUUGAUGAAAGUUUUGAAGAGAAAUACAAUAAAAUGAGAGGUCUUGCUCUAAAACUCAAAAAACGAUUGCAAGAACAAACGACUCAAUUUACAGAAAUGGAACAGCAACAAAGUGGGUACGUUGCAUUGAAAGCAGAGUGUGAAGAGUUGCGCAAACAGCUGAAAGUCUGCGAUGAGCAGGAAAAACUCAUUGAGACCCUGAAAUCUGAAAACCAAAAGUUGAAGUCAUCGCGCAAACAAGCAAAUGUACUCAAUUUAGAAAUAGAAGCAGCAGAGAAAUCACUUAUGGAAGCAACCAAUAAACUUUCCACGAGAACUAGUGAAUUAGAGACGUUAAAUGCACUAUUAACCAACAGAGAACAUACAAUCACCCAAUUGCGCAAAGAGAUCACAAUAGUAGAGUCGGCAAAGGAAUCUGAAACUACACAUGCUAAGGAACUGAAAGAACAGGUUGAUAUGCUGCAAGAACAAUUAAAAGAUGCGGUUCAUGCCAAACAGUUGGCAAAUCAGGCCAGAAAACAACUGGAGCUGACAGAAGAAGCUCUCAAGCAAGAACUAGAGCAGAUUAAGUUAGAGGUUUCACAAUGUAGUGCUGAAAGCUCUGCCACUGUAAUUGCGGCGCAUAAUGAGAAAGAGAAAAUUGAACAGCAACUACACAAAACUGUAGCCAAUCUCAGCGAAACAGAAACAAAGUUGCAUAAUGUCGAGCUUGCUUUAAAUAACCUACGUGUCGAACAUUCCGAAUACAAGCAGAAAGCACAAGCUGUACUCCGCAAACAUCAGAGUAUAGACACCACACGUGAACGGGAAUUAGCGGAAGAAUUGGCACAAGUGAGGUCACUCGAAGAACAGCAGCGACAGAUAGUCAAUGAGCAAACCACAAAAUUAACUAUUCUGGAGCAUCAUAACGCCGACUUGCGUAUGGACAAUGAGAAUCUUAAACGACGCGUCCAAGAACUGUGUUCUUUGGAAGAUGAACUGCGUCAGCAAAAUGAACGGUUAAGUCAAGAGCAACGCAGCCAGCUGCAAGAACACCAAGAAUCCCUACGUACCCACCGUUUGCAAUUGGAAGCAGCACAUGAAUGUCAUAAACAGCAACUGCAUGAAAUUCAAAGCAAUUAUCAACAACAAAUCGAUGAGCUAAGUUCAAUGCAAGGCAAAGCUGUGCGUUUACUACCCAUUAUUGGAGCAAAUGCAAAUGAAAGAAAUUCGUUCUCAAUUCAAACACCUGUCUAUUCUAGUGAAAAAGGUCAAAGUCAACAAAUAAUGCUAGCCGAGCGAGAAGACGCUGAAGGUUCAGAAGAAGCCAGUAUACCAAACAACAAUGUUAUCGCCACAAACAAUAAACCACAAUCGUUACGUAAGGUUUCUAGCAGCUCACGACGUUCACAGCAUGAUUUUAUGCCACUAGAUGAAUUGCUGAAUAUGCCAAUGCAAGCAUUCCAAACGGACACAGUCACCAGUGGACGGAAUGAUAGUGGCUUGUUCGAUUUCAACAGUGGUAAUGGUAAUGCAGAGAGUUUGCAAGUAGAGUUACAUGUGACUAGAGAGUUGCUCGCAAAACAAGAAAGUCGUAUACGCCAUCUAACGGCGCUUUUAGCGGAAAAUGAACAAGAUUUGGCAAAAUUGACUCAGAUGAAUGACAUGCUGAAGGAGGAGCUGCGGCGACAGGAACGUGCUGUCGAGCGUGAAAAGCAUAUGCAUAACGCAGAAUACUUGAAAAAUGUUGUGCUGAAGUUUCUUACACUAACCAGUGGGGACGAACGAGUGCGCCUUGUUCCAGUACUCAAUACCAUAUUGAAACUAAGUCGUAACGAAACAGAAACUCUCAACUGUGUAGCCAAAGGACAAAAAUUGCCUACAGAAUCACAAGGACGCGGUUGGGGAAACUUUUUGCCACUUUUCGGAGGCGGUAGCAAUAAUAACUGAAACCAAGAAGUAUUUAUGUGACAAUACAAGUGCAUCCCAUUUUUUUUUGUAGAUAUUUUACCAGAUCACUAUGUUAUGCCCCAUUCGCCCAUAUGCAUAAGAUUUUCGUUUACAAAUCAGGGCCUAAUAAGAAAAAGUCAUAGCAGGAAACAAUUUUUAUUUUAAGAUUUUGAGGGAAGGCAUUACAAUAACAUAACAUAACAAAAUGUAGCGUGUUAAGUUACUUGUUUUUACUAACAGAUACAUUUCACGAUUUUCACAGUAAUAAAAAAAUGUAAAUAAAAUUUUAUGUGUAAUUUCUAUAAAGAAAAUGUAUGAGAACUGUGGAAAUUAAGUAUAGAAGAAUGGGUUAGAUGCAGAACCUCAGAAUUAAAGAAAUCUGCUAUUAUUUUUUUUUUGUUUGUAAUUAUUUUUGUUUUUAUUUCCAAAUACUUUUCUCUUUAACUUUUAUAUACGUUUUCGGUCUCUUAUCGUUAUUUAUGUACGUACGUGUAUGUAUGUAGCUACGUAUUACUUUGUAUGUUUAUCCCUCAUUGAAUAUUAUUUAUAUAUAGUAUAUGCAAUAAUUCUACUAUUAUUAUUGCUUUUACCACAUGUUUAUCUACCGAAGCAACUAUUGUUUAACUCAAAAAUCACAUAGUAAAUCGUAUUAUUCCAGUACCUUUAUUUGAAUAGGAAUAAAAUUACAAAAAAAAAAACUAGAAAAUGUAAAUAAUAUUGUUGUAAAAAUGUACUUAUUUCUUUACAUUCAAAAUAUAUGUUAUGUUUGAAAAAUCUAUAGGCUUUUUCGGCUUGCUUUUUUUAUAUAGUAAAAAAAUAACAUAAUAUAUGGGCAUUUAUUAUUAUUUUUCAUUCACAUCUAAAGCAAAAACUUAUAUCAUUUUCUUUGAAUAUAAUGAUAGAUUUAUGGGUAUUGUUGUUUGAAGUAUAAACUCUAGUUUUAAUAAUAAAAAAAUAAUAUUUUCCUACAA